AUGGGAGAAGCUGUAGCGGUCCUCGGACUCGUCUCAGCCAUCAUCACGAUAGUCGACGCCACGCAGAGAAUCUACGAUGCAGCGCAGGACGUCGAAGGCUUGCCGGCUGCUUUCAAAGUGAUCAGCACUCGCAUGCCGCUAGUCAAGCAAACUCUUGUCUUCGUCAAGCAGAAGUAUGAGAGAGGCGAACAUGAAUCAGAGAUCUUCCAAAUCCUCACAAACACGCGCGAAAAGGCCAGAGGCUUGCGGGAGAUUUUCAAAAAAAAAAGGAAAGCUCUACGCACCCUCAAGCCAGGGAGGAGCGACAAGGUUGAGAACUUGUGGAAGGCCAUCCUCGGUAACCUGCAAUCUUUGCAAGUCUACCACGUCUUCCGCCAGGCCGUGAAGGACGAUGAUCUCAGACGCGCGAUUCAAGAGAUUGCUGAAGUCGAGUCGUCCCUGCCAGAGAGCGGCACCACGAACAUUACCUCUACUGGCCCUGGUGCGAGCUUCAACACAGGUACUGGAACACAAGAGAACUGGCAGAACUAUGGAUCGGGCGCUAUGGCAAGGGAGAUGACACUGACGCAGAACAUCACUGGAUCAGUGUUCUUACCGCAGUUGGGGCCCCGAGACCCAAGUCAUACCCGCCCCUAUCACAACUCUGUGCCGUUCAGUCAAAUCUCAGACGAGUACACGGAUCGUCCGGCUGCGAUGCAGCAGCUUGAAGCUGCACUUUUGGAGCGAAGCUCAAGAUGGCAACACAUCCGAGGCGCAGUGGUUGUGGGAAUGGCUGGGACCAGAAAGACACAGCUCAUCUUGAAAUAUGCUCUAGUCCAUGCGCAUGAAUACGAUACUAUUUUAUGGGUGAAUGCCGACAAGCCUAGUUCUGUCGUCGGCUCUUUCGAACUCAUCGCACGAGACUUACAAUUGGUAGAUUACAACAUAAGUCUGCUGUCCACGGCGCAGGUUAUGCCACAACAGAGUACUGCUGUUCGAAACAUACUGGAAUGGCUUACGAAGCGCACCACACCAUGGCUACUCAUCCUUGAUAACGCAGAUGAGGACGACUGGGGCUUGCGCGACAUACUGCCUCGAGCUGGGCACGGUACGGUCAUCAUCACGACUCAAGACCGAGCCAUCCCACGGGCUCUUAAGAUCAAUUCUGUCUGUCUCGAUGUAAUGCUGGAAGAGGAGGCAGUUGCACUUUUACUGGAGGCUGUAGGCUGUACCCAAUGGACCGAGAACCUUGCACUGCUCGAGCUUUGCACGGACGUUGUACGUCGUCUGGAAUAUUUACCGUUGGCAAUACACUUAGCUGGCGCCACGAUCAACUGCGACGCGGCAUUGCUAGCAGCAGGGCCCGAGCGAGUCGGCAUUUGUACUCGCAGCGCCAUCAACGGCUACCUGACGGCGUUCCAGAACAACCGUAGCGCAUUGUUGCGUGACACAAAUCAUGAUUUCUUGCGUUCGCCGCACAGGACGACGGUCUGGACCGCCUGGGAAACCACCUUCCAGCUCCUCGAAAGAGCGCGCACGAAGUCUGGAACUGGAGUAUCACCAAAUGUCCUUCUUACGUUCUUGGCGUUUCUUGACCCGGCCGUGAUUCUGUAUACGCAUCUCAAAGACGCGCAUGCUGGUCUACUACGAGGACAAGAUUUCCCAUACUACAAGGUGUCGGACUGGCCACCGUGGCUAUUGCGGCUAGUAUCAGCGGAAUAUAGCCUAAGUCAGACGAUUGGAAACAAGUCUUGCGAGUGGAGUCAUGACUGCUACAGUCAGACCAUGUCCCGUCUCUGGAGGUAUGGACUGAUUCGUAGCAAGAAUGCUGACUGGAGCGAAGAAAUAUCGCUACACAAAUUGGUCCGGUGGCGUGCUCAGCAGGAAGCAGAUGAAAAGGAGUACCUCCAAGCCUAUGCUCAACUGCUAGAGCUGAUCACAUGGGCCUCAAGUCGUAACACAAGUGCCUAUCGGAUUUACUACGAGACCGACGACUACGAUCUGGACGAUCCAAGUACCCGAGGCCGUCUCAUACGCACACUGGACGAAUUGUGCUCGACAUAUGAAAGGCUACGGCACUGGGAGGCAGCCCACAAUAAAUUGGGGUGGCUUCUGCAUGAACAAGUUGAGAGCUUGGGAAGAAGCAAUCCUGGGACGAUAAGUACACUGUGUAGAAAGCUGGAGGCUGGCGUCCAUACAGUCUCCGGUAACGAGGUGGAGGAGAUCAGCGAAUUCAUACACGGAGGCAGCCAGACAGAACAGAUGGCGUUAGUCGAAAAUUUGCCACUACAGCUUCGAACGUUGUGGUCCAGCGUUCUGCAACGUGACAAGAAAUCGUCACAUGCAGGCUGGAGUAAUGGUGACUCUGAUGACGAUGGUGGAGUGCCUCUGCGACUAGAAGGGCUAGUCGGGGUCUCUGGGGCCAGCUCGGUCCAUAUCAUGGACUCGCGUUCUUGGCUUCGCCGGUCGAUGGAGGCUUUCGUGUCCCGGGCGUACCGGAGGUGGGAGAAGCACGAGCGCCGAUCCCAGAUCAGGACCCAGAUGAGGUCGAUUCAGCGAACAGUACGCAGAGAUGAAACACGCCUACACGACCGGGGACAAAAGGCCAGCCAAGACACAGAGGCCGCAGCACCAGACCUCCCGACGCUUUUCGAAGUAUUCUCACACGGCUCGUGGAGUACCGUAUCCAACUACUUGCGUUUCAUCGACGCUGAGACGGUACGAUAUCGAGAUCCCAUCCAACGAAGAACAAUACUACACUGGGCUGCGGCACGGGGCUUCGAUACCGCUGCGGUGAGAUGCUUGGCAUUCGGUAGCGAUAUCAACGCGCCGAGGACAACAUCGGCCGCAGACCUUUGCAUCAUGCUUGCGAGAAUCAGCAUUUGGGUGUGGUGGAAACGCUUGUCGAACAUGGAGCAGACAUCACUGUUAAGGAUGCCAGUGGCUUGA